AAGCUCCUCAAUGCAUUCAGCAUCGCAUAGACUUGCAGUACGGUAAAAGACGGUGUUGUUUAUAGACCAUACAUGCAUCACAUCAUAAAUUGCGUUAGGCUUGUAUAUACGCGUCAUUGCAUGCAGUCGGACAGUUUUCUGAGAAAAUAGGCGCAUUAGCCCUCAAUACCAUCUCAAGGCAAUUCUAGUAAUAUCUGUCGACGGUUUGUAUCAAAGGAGAAACCUUGCGCUGUAAGGUGGAGUUUAAAAAAAAAAUUUAAGCGAAGCGAUCCAGAUGCAUCUUAUAGACAUCACAUCAGAAUUUAGUCCCCACAUUAUUUGAUGCAAAGUAAAAGUAUUAUGCAAUCUCAAACACCGAGACAGGCAGCGUAUUCCAUACCAGCCGCACAGUCUACCAUGGUAGGAACACCCACACAGACUAUGAUGUCCGGUUCAGGGCACGUCACGCCUGUGCCAGGGCAAACACACGCCCAAGUACAAGCACCAGCUGGUACGCAAGUACAAAGUCAGGUGGGAAUGCAGAAUAUCGCGGUGGAUGGCUCACAUGUUAUGGGAAAGGUCAAUACCAUCGAUCAAAUUACACAGGGGUAUACAAGUAAUAGUGCAACGAUGGCUGUACAAGGCCCAUUACCGAUCGGUAUGACGGCGAACACGCCCAUGUACUAUUGUCAGUGGGGUCGGUGUGGUGCUAUGUUCAGCAAAGUGCAGGAACUGAAUGAUCACAACUUUUUUCAUGAACAAGAGCGACAGAGACAACAGCGCCAACAGCAGCAGCAGCAAUAUAAACAGCCACAGCAGCUACCACACCAACCACAACAACAUCGCUUUCAGCAGCAACCCUCUACACAGAGACAGUCUAGUACUCAACAGCACAUUGGUGCGUCGACGUAUGCACAACCGGCGAUUGUACCAGACCCUACUGGCGCCGCAUAUGCCCAUGCAUCGGUACCUCACGACUUUUACAGAGGAGGGGGGUACAGUGACGGGAUGUAUGUUGCUCCACCUAUGCAGGCGCAUCCCCAGGCCACCCCGGCUCAGGCCCAGGCCCAGGCCCAUGUAUGGCAUCAACCGCAAGUGCAGGUGCAGCAGCAGGCCAGGCCGUUGAGUGUGCCUGUGCCGGUUUCCGGUCAGACAACCUUUCCGUGCUUGUGGGAAAAAUGUGGACAAGUAUUUAUGUCGCAAGCUGCCCUGCAGAGUCAUUCGAUUGUGCAUACUGGCGCACAAGCUGCACUUUCCGAGCAGGCAAAGACUGAGAAUGGAGAAGGUAGCGAUCCGUUUACAUGUACUUGGGAGCAGGGUUGUCAGAAAAAGUUUGCAACUAUCGAACAGUACAAUCAGCAUAUGUUUGAGCACAGUAGUUAUGCGGACACGAACGCGAACAACAUCACGAAGUGUACGCAUCCAGGGUGCAGGAAGACUUUCAUACGAAAAGCAGAUAUGGAAGCACACCGCGAUACUCACAGCAAGGAUUUUCCGCAUGAAUGUCCGAUACCAGGAUGCGAUAAGAAGUUUAAUCACAAGGGGUCCUUGAAUAUACAUAUACGUACACAUACGCAGGAUAAGAGAUACGUGUGCACCUGGGAGGGUUGUGAGAAACGAUUUCUGCACAGGGGAAACUUGAAUAGUCAUCUACGCACACAUAGUGGCGAGAAACCGCAUCAGUGCACCUGGGAGGGUUGUACAAAGAGAUUCCAGCACAAAGGAAACCUCAACACUCACUUGCGGAGACAUGCGGGUAACAAACCCUACGAAUGUCCAGAGGCCGGCUGUGAUAAGAAAUUCACUACUCACGCGACAAUGGAUUACCAUAUUCGCACACACACGGGCGAUCACCCUUUUGCCUGUACCUGGAGGAACUGCAUGAAGCGAUUCAUCACCAAAGGUAACCUCAACGUCCACAUGCGCACACACACUGGGGAUAAGCCGUAUAGGUGUGCUUGGGAUAAGUGUAAAAAGUGCUUCAGCACCCAGGCCAGUCUAGAUUAUCAUAUCAAAACGCACAAUAAGCGAGCCGAGGGAUUGGCAGCAAGUGUUUCUACGACGGAUGCGGCUGCACUGAUUAUGAGUGCGAGUGCCACGGCAGCUGCUGCGCCUUCGAGCUAUAUGGGAAACAUGGGAACGACCUCUAAUAACUCGGCACCAACGCAAACUUUCUUCUGAUCGUAACUAUCUCGACUGACAUAGGCGUUCUCAGAAUAUAUAUCGGUCCCAGAUGGUAGUGAUAGCAUCAUAUAAAAACGUAAAUAUACCAAUAAUCAUGAGAAAGCAAUUUAGAGAAUAUGGAUACUUAGCACGGAUACGUAGCAAUAUGGACAGCAUAAUCCAUAUUUCGUGCGGAAUCUUUAUUAAUUGCGAUAAUCAGCGGUCAAAAUAAAAUACUGC